AGAAAAUUUAAGCAUUGCUAAAAUCACGCCCCAAUGUAAUAUUAAGCAACCAAAACUGACGUUGAAAUGUAGAACGUGAAGCAAAGUUCGCGAUACAAUCAUUAAAGAAAUGUUUUUUUUUUAAAUACUGAAACUUUUAUUUUGAAGACUGGUGUUGCGAGCUUGGGUUGAGUCUCUUAUUUUAAAAAAACUCUUCGUCUGUCCUCCAUCAGUGACUGUGUCUUCCUGCCGCUAGCUUCACUCGCCACUGAGCGCCUGAUUAUUUUUACGCCGUCGAGUCUGGCGGUGAAAUCCAGGUCAUCUCCGCCGGAUCACCAGGCAGCGCGGCUCAGGCUUCUGCUCUCCGCGGACACAUAGUGCCAUUUCCUGAUUCCUCUUUGCAGAGUGAGCUUGCAGUCUGAAGGAUGAGGUGGGGCGCAUUGAUUAGCAUGCUGCUAUGCUGAGAAGAGUUUAUCCACCCAGGACGAGCAGCAGCAGUUACACGUUCCCUUCCUGAAUCAGCUAUCAGACACCUGCUCUGAAUCAAGUACCUGUCUGGAUCUUACCCUCACACACAGCUAUGGCUGGCUGGCUCUGGCUGGGAGGGUAAUCGGUGCGCUGGUUGCCCUGGCAACCCCACCCUGAUUCCUGCUGAAUAGAGCCCUAGUCCGUCACUGAAGACUUUUUAGCCCCCCUCCACCUUUCUUCUGAGUUUAUUUGCCCUUUCGUGGAGGUAAAGGGCAGCGGCCAAGGCAGGAGCCAUGGACAUGUGAGGUGAGAAUGGCAGCACGGCGGCUGUUCGGCCCCCAGGAGCCCUCAGGCAAUCGGAGCCAAUAACGUGGGUGCCCACACACACACACAUUUGGGCCGAGCGGCAGGAGCAGUAUGCAGGAGGCUGACCUACCAGCCACCAAUGCUUUCACAGAGUGCAGAUUCCUGUGCGCUAACGGAAGAUGUCUGAACCUGGGCUCGCAGGUCUGUGAUCAGCUCAACCACUGUGGAGACAACAGUGAUGAGGUGCACUGCCCCAUCUCCACCCAGCAUCCUGCAUCUGCCAUCUUCAGCUCUGAACUGGAGUUUGUGCAGAUCGUGAUCAUAAUCGUCGUGAUGACUGUGAUGGUCGUAGUGGUUGUGUGCCUGCUCAACCACUACAAACUCACCACGUGGUCGUUCCUGAGCCGGGCAAGUCAGGCACAGAGUCAGGAUCUCUCUCUGCAGACGGAGGGUUCUUUGUGGCCAUCAGAUAAUGGGCUGAGACAAGGAGCAUCUGAGGUGGUUUACGCUCCUCAGCCAAGGGACCGUUUCACCGCUCCCACUUUCAUGCAGCACAACCGUUUCAGACGUUUCCAGCCUACCUACCCAUACCUGCAGCACGAGAUCGAUCUGCCACCCACCAUCUCGCUGUCAGACGGAGAGGAGCCGCCACCGUACCAGGGCCCCUGCACACUGCAGCUGAGAGAUCCCGAACAACAGCUCGAGCUCAACAGAGAGUCCGUACGUGCCCCGCCCAACCGGACCAUCUUCGACAGCGACCUCAUUGACAUGCACAGUUCAGGGGGUGGCGGUGGGCCACGACCUCCCAGUAGCAACUCUGGGAUCAGCGCCACCAGCUCCAGUACCCAUGGACGCAUGGAGGGCCCUCCGCCUGCUUAUAGUCAAGUAAUUGGGCAGCAUUCGGGCAUCGUACUUUACCUCCACCAGCACAGCAAUAACCCGCCCGUCCCCGUCACUGUGCAGACUCCGCCCAGGGGCCGGACAGAUUUAAACAGCCCAGAGAGCACAAUAGCGCUAAGCAAAGACCCACAAAGGCAGGAGCUAGUGUGAGGGGGCGGGGCUAGCACACAAUUGGCCGAUCGCGAUCACUCUCCACCCAUAAAGGGAACAGGUUCUCCCUCUUGACACUCCCGUGCACAACAGCGCUUAAUGUGUCUUCGCAACAAAAUGAAACCAUGUGUUUAAAAAAAACAAAAAAAGAAUAUGGAGCUGAGCUUACAAAAGAAAACAUUUCAUUCGUUUUCUGUCAGACCAGCUACGCUAAAACUGGGGUUUAUGCACUGCCUGGAGUCUUCACCUUUAUUGCUCUGUAUUACUUGUGUAUAGCCGACAAAUUUAGAGAAAGUAAUUCGCACACAAGACAGGCUUUUUGUUGUUGGUAUUCUUGUUGGUUUUAUCGUUGAAUCCCCCUUGAACGCCCCCUCCUGCCCAACCCACACAUGACAUACUAGCUGUGUGGAUAGUAAUUUCUUUUUCUUUCUUUUUUUUUUUCUUUUCUUUUUUUUUUUUAAUUUAAAGACCGAGAUCUGUGCAGCAUGAACAAAACAAAUGCGAAAAAGGGUGAAAAUCCAAAUCCUAGUGCCAAGGUUUAUGCGAAAGGUGUCAUGGGCGUUGACUGUCUUAAAGACUUGUUAUACAUUUAAAUUGAAAACCUUUUCUGAACUUUUGCACUAUUGUUGAGGUUAAUCAGAGAAAUUUGGGAAUGGGGUAGUGGGGGGGUGAUGUAUGUGUUUACUGUUUGUACUGUCGUUUUCAUGUAGAUCCUAUCAUAUGCUUCAGUGCGAGCUUUCUACCGAAAGGGAAGUGAUCUUGUCCGUCUCAGCACAAGAAAAAUCUCUGAUCCAGCCUAAAAUAACCUUGAUCUAAAAGAGGCACAGAAUACAGAGAGUCUGCUCUACUCUCAUCUAUCCUCACCACUGACAUGUUCAGCCGCUUUCACAGACUCCAGCUGAUCUGAGGUCAGUUGGCUGGUGGCAUGGUUGACAUUUUGCCUAAAAAGAAACUCACUUUACUUAGAGAUCCGAACAGGUUUUGACAUGUUAUGAGAUUGACGCUUAUUCUAAAGAGGUUCUCCAACAUUUUUCUCAUCAGCUCUUUUUUGUUAUUAUCACGUAUUUAUUAUACAAUACAUAUAUAGGCAGAAAUAAUAAAAUCUUAAUGGUAUUUUCUUUAUAGACUCUUGAGAAACUAAAAAGAUUAUAAAUAAUUAUAAUAAAUCUCUGUGUGUGUGUGUGUGUGUGUGUGUGCGUGUGUAUAUAUAUAUAUAUAUAUAUAUAUAUAUAUAUAUAUAUAUAAUUUGAUUAUGAUAUUAUAUGGGAUUUUCUUUUCUCAUUGGAGUCUGUCAAGAAAAUAGCAUCUUUACAAUUUUAAGGUCACCAUUUCAUGCCUUUUGCACUUUUGUUUUCAAGUCAAAACUGAAACCGAAUGAACCUAUAAAAUAAUCCAGUUCUCUAUUGUGCAUUUUAUUUGAUCAUGAGUCACUACCUGAUAAAAUUUUCCACACUUUUUGUUUGGGUUUCCACCUCUUACAGCCAAUACCAGAACAUAGACAUUCAUUGGCAUAAUCUUCUAAUCAAAAUGCCAAUGUGGUCAAAGGAUUUAAAAAAAAAAAAAAAAAAAAAAAAAAACCUGUUUUGCGUGUUGUAUUAUCUAGUCCCCAACAAGAAUUAAUCAGGUUUAAAAAUGUGGUAAAGUUAAGGGCUAAUGUGAUGGGCAUUUUUGAAAAUACCUAUUUUUACCCAGCAAUCCUCUGUCCUGUUGCCUUUGCUCUCACUCUGUCACCAAUCCGAGUGAACCCGACCCUGACACCAGCUCCAGCGCGCACCAGUCCUAAACACUGAACUCUCUUCCUGUCCAUAUGUGUUCCUCUUAUUUGCCACGUAGACAUACAGUCAGGAAAUCCAAGAUCUGUACUCCUCAGAGCGGCUCUCUGCAUUCAAUUUAAGCUUGGGUGUAAUUGAUCACAAUCAUUUAGGCCAAGAUAGAGGAUGUUGCUCUGACCAAGAAUCUGGUGCAGAGGUAGAGAAAAUCUCGAAGAAAGCCCAAAGACUCUCUUACCAGUUAGUGCACACACAUCCCUUUAAUAAGGAGACUGAAGACUGAGCCCCUGUUUUUAGUCACCACUGAGCCUGUCAAGGACAGAUGGACUUGUGAAUAGGCCAUGGUGAUUUUUUUUUUUUUUUUUUUUUCGUGCUGGGGAUCAUGGUCAACAAAAAAAUCAAAAGCAACACACUCACCUUUAUAAGCUACUCUAUUUGUACUCGGAAUGUUAGAGUUGGCCAAUCAAAAUGUGUUUGAAUGCUUUUAUUUCAUGUCUGUGUUGGUUGGCUUUAUUCUUUUCUUUCUCUGCUCUUGGUGGGAUUUUUGUUUGUUUUUGUUUUUUGUCUAUGUGGACAGAAAUAAUGCCGUCUGGACCCUUGUGCUCCAAACAAGACUAAACAGAUCAACACUCUCCUCUUCUAUAUUUAGAUUUCUAGAACCACAACAAACUGGGCUAGAUUUGGAAUUCUAGAAUCUGAACACCUGGACUAGAUUUGGAAUUCUAGAAUCUGAACACCUGGGCUAGAUUUGGAAUUCUAGAAUCUGAACACCUGGACUAGAUUUGGAAUUCUAGAAUCUGAACACCUGGGCUAGAUUUGGAAUUCUAGAAUCUGAACAACUGGGCUAGAUUUGGAAUUCUAGAAUCUGAACACCUGGACUAGAUUUGGAAUUCUAGAAUCUGAACAACUGGGCUAGAUUUGGAAUUCUAGAAUCUGAACACCUGGACUAGAUUUGGAAUUCUAGAAUCUGAACACCUGGGCUAGAUUUGGAAUUCUAGAAUCUGAACACCUGGACUAGAUUUGGAAUUCUAGAAUCUGAACACCUGGACUAGAUUUGGAAUUUUAGAAUUCUAGCAGUCCCUUGGCAAAAAUGAUGGAAUCGCCACAUUCAACCAGCUUUUUUGCUUUAAAGCAAAUGAACAAAUCACAGAUAUGACACAAAACCAUGUCUGUUUAAUAGCUUAUCAUUGUGGUAUUAUGAAAUAUACCUCAAACAAAUUAAAUCAGUUUUCUUUAUUAAUGGCAUAUUGUUUUCCAGAUCAAGUAGUGGAAAAAAACGUGGAAUUACUUAAAGGCAUAGUUCAUCCAAAAAUCAUUUACUCACCCUCAUUUUGUUCCAAACCUGUAUGAGUUUCUUUCUUGUUGAACACAAAAGAAGAUAUUCUAAAGACUAUUGGUAACCAGACCGUUGACGGUAGCCUUUGACUUCAAUAGUAUUUUUUUCCUACUAUGGAAGUCAGUGGCUACUGUCAACUUUGAUUACCAACAUUCCUUAAAGUAUCUUCUGUGUUCAACAGAAGAGAGAAACUCAUACAGGUUUGGAACAACUUGAGGGUGAGUAAAUGAUGACAAAAUUUUCAUUUUUAGGUGAACUAUCCCUCUAAUGUUGAGGAAAAAUGAUGGAAUCAUCAACAAAAAACACAAUUAGUACUUUGUUGCUUCUCCUUUGUCUCCUUUUUUUCAUUCAGAUUGAGAUUUAGACUGUUUACUGGCCCUGUCAUUGAGCUGAUAUGUCUUACCUGAAGAAAAUCUUUAACACAUAGACCUUAUGCACCAGAGAAACAAGCGCGCAGCCAUCUUUAGAAUUUUGUCUUUGAACUUCUUUUUUUUGUGAUAGCUCUGUAUAUGCUGUAAAUGCUACUAAUUUAAAUAUGUUUGAGGCAUGUUUCACAAAGUCAAAACGUUCAGCUAAACAAAAAUGUGUUAAUUUGAUAUGAAGCUGGUGAAAGUGUGGCGAUUUUAUAAUUUUUGAAUGGGGCUGUAGGCUAGAUUUUAGAAUUCUUAGAAUCACUUUUAGCUUCUAGAUUUCUAGCCAAUUUAAAUGUAAUUUAAUCUCAUAAUUUUAAAAUCUAGAAUCCCAGAAAGUCCCAUAAGAAAGGCUAGAUUAAUUCUAGAAUUCCAGCAGCUAAGCUCGAAAUAGAAUUUUAGAGUGGUUUGAAUGGUGUAUAUAUUGCUCUUGUCUUUCAAGCACAUGCUUUAAAAGCUCACAACUUCAUCAACACUUUGCAGAGUCUGGGAAAUGUUUCUCUCAGACCAUCUGGGAAAAUUAACCAAUGCUACAAAGAGCAAAGCAAGAGCACAAUGUCACUGCAUUCAGAGCUGUAUCCUAUUUAAGAGCCCUUUCCUUGUUACCUAUCCCUCUAUUCUUUUCACUGGCUGUCUUCAAUAGUCUAUUUCAUUAGUCAGUUUGCUGCUCCUGCUGUUGCUGCUGCUGCUGCUGCUGCUGCUAUGCUGCUUCUCAUCUGCUGCACUUUUUGUUUUGCCUGUCUGUCCAUCAUUCAUCCUUGCACCAUCCCGGUAAAAAUGCUUCCCUUUGUCCUCCACAAUUUGUUUCCAUCUCAAAGAAAGAGCUUUGUGUCGUUUUCUACUGUCCAAGGAGUUUGCAUGUUACUCACGAGCUGAAUCGGUGCCUAUCGAUCGUGUUGUUUUUGAGCGACGUAGGAACCCACUUGCACUCUAAAAGUUCCCACCUUAGCUGUGCCUCACUUCCAAUGGUGCUUUCUUCUUCUGUGUAAUGUUUUUUUUUUUUUUAAUCUUCUUUUAUUUGUAAGGUGCUGUAAAUAAAGUUAGUAUGUAUGCACAUAUCCUACCCAAUGGGUAGAAACCACAGAAAAAAGACAUUGUUAAUAAUGUAACAAUUUAUAGUUGAUAUAAAGAUUUUAACAUGGUGGCAACAGAUUUGUAAAUGCCUACUGUUCAAAUGUGCUUUUUUUUUCUUUCUUUCUUUCCUUUUUUUUUUUUUUUUUUUUUUUUUUUUGGCGAACAAGGAAAUUCAUUAUCAGAAAGAUGCUUAAUUAUGAAAAGACUAAACUACAGAGCAUUUCAUAGAUUUUUAUUGAGUAACAUCUUGCUACAGAAAGAAAGAAAAAGCUGUUCUGGAUUAGAUUGUUUCUUUAAACACUGCCCCAACCACAAAAGGCACAUAUAUAUACAUAGACAUACACACAUGGAUUUAUUUGACUAGUUUUUAAUCAGAAAAACAUUGUAACUUAGGUAAACUAAGUCUUAAAUUGAGAUCCAGUGAAUGGAAACUAGUUAGCAGUGCCAGACUCCCACUUACAGACACAAACGCUGAGGGAUUGUGAUAUGACAGUCUUGCUUAAAACAACAGUGUUCAUUUUAAUCCCAACAUGUACAUGAUUUUUCAUGCCACCCUGUGUUGUGCUUCCUGUAUUUGCAAGUUUAAUAAUGAACCAAAUGAGAGAUGUAGUUUUAACAUUCUUAUUUUUGUUAUAUACUGUAUUUCAGACAUUCUUGUGUAUGUGGUGUAUAGGAGCAAAAAAAAAAAAAAGAUUUUAAAUUGCAAAUAUUUAUGUGCUGGUGCUCCACUGUACAGUAGCUUGUAUUCGCAUGUCUAUAGUUAUAUACCUGAAGAUAAUGUACAUAGCGAUGCCAUUUUGACUACAAGCACCUGACUAACAGCAGUUGCGACAUUUUGAGCAAUGUACCGAGAUGCUUUUGAAGUUUUAGACUUGUUUUACUCUGAUGCUUAUCGGGUGUCUGAUAACAGAUAUUCAGAAUUAAAAAGCAACACAAUAUCAGACCUUUUACACUCUAAAUUUCCCCCCGGCUCAUGUUAGUUUGUAUGUUCAUGUGCGUGGACAUUUUAUAAACAUGCACAUACAUAUUUAUUUUAUUUACAUCAUUGUGUUGUAAUUAAUAGGUUUUAAGCAUAAGGUCUGUUAUUGUAAUGCUUCUUUUUUUUUCUUUUCAGAAAAAGUAAUCAAAACAUGUUGCUCUAAUCACUGUUAUAGUCAAACUUUUAUGCUUGUACUUCUGCUGUUGUCCAACUGCAGUUAAACUAAUAAACUAAAAGUACCAGUU